UGGCAAUCGUCAUUUCAAACGAUAUACGGAGUGAGACUACUUGGGGAGAGACAUUGAGGCCAUAUAUCUGUUAAGAUCUGUGUCACUAUGGGAAAGAAGAAGCGCGGUCCCACCCUCGAAGAGCUUUUGGCUCGCCCCUGGUGCUAUUAUUGCGAGCGCGACUUCGACGACCUUAAAAUCCUUAUAUCGCACCAGAAAGCAAAACAUUUCAAAUGUGAAAGAUGUGGAAGGAGGCUUAAUACUGCAGGAGGACUGUCGGUGCACAUGAGUCAAGUACACAAGGAGCAACUCACAGCCGUGGAAAAUGCGCUUCCAAAUCGGUCUAGUCUGGACGUUGAGAUUUUUGGCAUGGAAGGUGUGCCGGAAGAUAUCAUCCAAGGGCACAAUCAGCGAGUCAUAACGCAGUUUCAGCAGGCAGAGGUGGAGCGACAAGCUGUUACCGGGAACCCUCCUCCGGGGACUACGUCAGGUGGACAGCAGCCGGCGAAGAAACCGAAGCUUGAAAGUGCGGCGGAUCUGAAGAAGCGGUUGGCUGAACAUAAAGCCAAAAAGGCGGAAAUGCGUGCUGGAGGGAGCAGCGGGGAGGCAACACCUGUUGGUGCGGGACAGUCUUUGCAGACCCCUGGUGAAUAUGGUCAGUCGCCUCAAACUCUAGCAACGGCUUCUCCCUUCGGUGUUCCAGCUUCUACCCAACCGUAUGCUUAUCCUCAGCCGUACGGCGCUGCUGCCGCGACAGCUACUUCUCCUUAUCCACAGACUACAAGCCCUGUCUAUCAGAACUACUCACCAGGCACGCAACAACCGAUUACACCUGCCACGUAUACUCCAUCCGGAUACUCUCCACAACCGUUCCAGGCUGGAAUUGCGGCAUCGCCAGCAAUCCCCGCAUAUUCUAAUGGACAGACACCGUUCGCACAAGCGCAACAACAUCCCCCAGCUGCUCACACACCUCCACAGACAUCCUCCGCAUUUCCACCUCGACAUGGCAGUUUACCAGCUGCUCCUAGUCUCCCGCAACGACCUGUUGUUGGUGCUCCACAAGUAAACGCUCAACAGAUGCAGCAAAUGCAUCUGGGGAAUUCGAUUCCGUCGGGAGUCGCACACAAUACAUAUGGUCAGCCUGGGCUGGUAAAUGGGGACCAGACUCCGGUUUCCACUUCUAUGAACAGUCUCAUCUCUGGUGCUGCUAAACAGGCAGAUGAAGCGGCGGCAGUGGCUGCUACCUCUCAGAAGCCUGCGGAGCCUACCGAAGAGAAACCGUCCAAAAAGGACAAGUCAAAACCAGCGAGAUUGGUGUAUUCUGAUAAUGAAACCAGCCCGGAGGAGAAGAUGGCCAAAUUGCCCAGGUACGCAUUUGUUCCCGAUCGCAAACAGGAAACAGUUCUUGGGGAAGGCCCUGCUAUCGCAGUCACGGGAACUGUCAGGGAAACUGAUAAAGUGGUCGAUCCGACGCAUUAUUAAUCCCGUCGAACCUUUUCAAAUAUAAGAAGGUAUGGGAUUUGGUUUAGAGGGGAUGAAAGGGUCCGUCGCAUCAGUUCUCGACACGAAUUUUCAUGGGCUAGUUAACGAUCUCAUAACGAGGAUGGACUCGAAUGGCCCGUCUACGAGGGACAAAACAAACAGCGGACUCCAGCUAAGUUCGACGCAUGUCAAAUUCUAGCUAUAUUUGAUCUCUCUUUUUUUUUUUUUUUUUUUUCUCUCUCUCUCUCUCUCUCUUUGUUCCACAUUUGUUUCCUUUUUACCUACUCUUUUUAUUUGUCUUCGUACCCUGAUCAGAUCAGUAGCUUGGCGAAAGUGACAAAUCAGCAAGAAAAAAGAUAUGUUCCAGAAUUGGUGACCUACUUCCGCGCUCUUCGCUUGUCGUGGUCGUGUCUUCGGCCAUCUCGGGUGAUGGACGACUUCAACGAAACGCAAAAGCAUGUCAAGCACGGCAAUCAGCGUUGGUGAGUCGAGCUGUGUUUCUGGAGGAAACUGAUGAUUUGCUUGCUGGUCUGAUGGAGAAGAAAAAAAGGGCCCUCCCUCCCAAAAAUUUCUUUCUUAGUCUUAGACGGCCUUCGAAGAAUCCCGUCCUACCAAGCCUGACCGAGGCCUUGUUCUGACCUCCGUUGACGGAGUCCUGGAUGGUUGUCGUUGUCGACAUUGUUGAUGUAAGUUUCUUAUGGCGAUUGCAAGGUAGGCGUUUUCGAAUUAGAAAUCGGA